AUGACCAAGACCUGGACCAGGACAUCCCUUCUCCUGCUGAUGGGCGUGGCUUCCUCUCUCUGCUUCAACUUGGAUACGGACAAGCCGACCAUCUUCCCCAUGCCCAGCGCCGGGUUUGGACACACAGUGGUCCAGUAUGCCAACUGGGUGGUGGUGGGGGCCCCCCAGGAGGUACAGGCUGUCAACCAAACGGGCGGCCUCUACCGGUGUGACUACAGCACGGCCAGAUGUGAACCCAUCCAGCUGCAGGUACCCCCGGAGGCUGUGAACAUGUCCCUGGGCCUGUCUCUGACAGCUGCCACCACACCCUCUCGGCUGCUGGCCUGUGGCCCCACUGUGCACCAUGCAUGCAACAAGAACAUGUACUUGAAUGGGUUCUGCUUCCUGUGGGCCUUCCCUUCCUGGCAGGCCCAGAGGCUUCCAGCUGACCUGCAGGAGUGCCCGAGGCAGGAGCAGGACAUCGUGUUCCUGAUCGACGGCUCAAGCAGCAUCAGGUAUAGUGAUUUUGACAAGAUGCUGAGCUUCGUGAAAGCUGUGAUGAGCCAGUUCCAGAGACCCAUGACCCAGUUCUCCCUGAUGCAGUUCUCCAGCUCCUUCCGGAUUCACUUCACGUUCAAGGACUUCAGGCUGAGCUCAGAUCCACAGCGGCUGUUGGACUCUGUGUACCAGCUGACAGGGAACACGCACACGGCCUCAGCUAUCCUGAAGGUCAUAAGGGAGCUGUUCAGUGUCCACAAUGGGGCCCGAGCGGAUGCCUCCAAGAUCCUCAUCGUCAUCACCGAUGGGAAGAAAAUAGGCGACAGUCUGGAAUACGAUGACGUCAUCUCCAAGGCCAACGACAAGGGCAUCAUCCGCUAUGCGGUCGGGGUGGGGUCGGCUUUUAAGGACAGGCGCUCCUUGAAAGAACUGAGAGCCAUCGCGUCCACGCCCUGGACGGAGCACAUAUUCCAAGUGGACAACUUUGAUGCUCUGAGGGACAUUCAAGAGCAGCUGAAAGAGAAGAUCUUUGCCAUUGAGGGGACGCACCCCGUGAGCAGCAGCUCCUUCGAGUUGGAGAUGUCCCAGGAGGGCUUCAGCGCGGUGCUCAUGCCUGAAGGACCCACUCUGGGCGCUGUGGGGAGCUUCAGCUGGUCUGGAGGUGCCUUCCUGUACCCCCAAAAUAUGAAACCCACCUUCAUCAACAUGUCCCAGGAGAAUGUGGACAUGGCGGACUCCUACCUGGGUUACUCCGCCGAGCUGGCCCUUUGGAAGGGGGUGCAGAGCCUGGUCCUGGGGGCGCCCCGCCACCAGCACACCGGCAAGGCCGUCCUCUUCACGCGGGAGGCCGGGCAGUGGAGGCCGAAGGCUGAGGUCUCAGGGGCCCAGAUUGGCUCCUACUUCGGGGCCUCCCUCUGCUCCGUGGACGUGGACAGAGAUGGCAGCUCCGACCUGGUCCUCGUCGGGGCUCCCCACUACUACGAGCCGACCCGGGGGGGCCGGGUGUCUGUGUGCCCCUUGCCCCGGGGGAGGGCCAGGUGGCAGUGCCAGGCCGUGCUCCGCGGGGAGCAGGGCCACCCCUGGGGCCGCUUUGGGGCGGCCCUGACCGCGCUGGGGGACGUGAAUGGGGACAAGCUGGCGGACGUGGCCAUCGGGGCCCCGGGGGAGCAGGAGAACCGGGGAGCCGUGUACCUGUUCCACGGAACGCCGGGGCUGGGCAUCAGCCCCACCCACAGCCAGCGGAUCACAGGCUCCCAGCUCUCCCCCAGGCUCCAGCACUUCGGGCAGUCGCUGAGCGGGGGGCAGGACCUCACCAUGGACGGCCUCGUGGACCUGGCCGUGGGGGCCCAGGGGCACACACUGCUGCUCAGGACCAGGCCUGUGCUCAGGGUGUGGGUGGACAUCCACAUGACACCCCCUGAGAUCGCGAGGUCCGUGUUCGAGUGUCGGGAGCACUCAGCCUCCGUCCGGGACCUGGCCGAUGCCCGUGUCUGCCUUCGCGUCCACGAGAGUCCCAGGACGCGGCUGGGGAACCUCCAAAGUGAUGUGGCCUUUCACCUGACCCUUGACCCUGGCCGCCUGAGUCCCCGUGCCGUCUUCAAGGAGACAAGCACUCGGCAUCUGACUCGUGGUAGACUCCUCGGCCUGGGCCAGCACUGCGAGGAAGUGAAGCUGCUGCUCCCGGCUUGCGUGGAGGACUCGAUGAUCCCCAUCACCCUGAGUCUCAAUUUCUCCCUGGUGGGCAAACCCAUCCUCUCCCUUGGGGACCUCCAGCCCAUGCUGGCUCCGGACACCCCCAGAUACUACACGGCCUCUCUCCCCUUCGAGAAGAACUGUGGAGACGACCAUGUCUGCCAGGACGACCUUGGCAUCACCAUUGUCGCCUCUGGCUUGGAGACCCUGGUGGUGGGGAGCAACCUGGAGCUGAGCCUGGGAGUGAAAGUGUGGAACACCGGUGAGGACUCCUACGGAACCACCGUCACCUUCUCCUACCCGCCCGGGCUGUCCUACCGGCGUGUGGCAGUGAGCCAGAGCCGGCCGCAGUUCCACUCCCUGAGCCUGGCCUGCGACAGCGCCCUCACGGGCAGCCAGGACGCCUGGAGCACCAGCUGCAGCCUCAGACACAUCAUCUUCCGCGAGGGCGCUCAGGUCACCUUCGUGGCCACCUUCCACGUCUCCCCCAAGGCCUCGCUGGGCGACCGGCUGCUGCUGACGGCCAAUGUGAGCAGCGAGAACAACACGCCCAGGACCAGCAGGACCAGCUCCCGGCUGGAGCUCCCGGUGAAGUACGCCGUGUACGCCGUGAUCACCAGCCACGAGGACUCCACCAAGUACCUCAACUUCUCAGCCUCCGAGGAGGCGGGGAGCCGCGGGGCCCAGCUCCGGUACCAGGUGAACAACCUGGGACAGAGGGACCUGCCGGUCAGCAUCCACCUCUCGGUGCCGGUGGAGCUGAACCAGGAAGCCGUGUGGACAGCGCUGGAGCUCCUCCACCCCCAGAACCCAUCGAUGCGCUGCUCCUCAGAGAGAACGGAGCCCACGGAGCCCAGCCCCCGGGCCCACGUCCAGAAGAAUUCCGUGCUGGACUGCUCGGCGGCCGCCUGCCGGAGGUUCCGCUGUGACGUCCCCUCCUUCGGCGUCCAGGAGGAACUGGACUUCAUCCUGAAGGGCAACCUCAGCUUCGGCUGGGUCAGCCAGACGCUGCAGAAGAAGGUGUCGGUGGUGAGCGUGGCAGAGGUCAUGUUCGACACGUCCGUGUUCGCCCAGCUCCCGGGCCAGGAGGCGCUUCUGCGAACCCAGGCGGAGGUGGUGCUGGAAAAGCAGGAGGUGCACAACCCCGUGCCCCUCAUUGUGGGCAGCUCCGUGGGCGGACUGCUGCUGCUGGCUCUCAUCACGUUCCUGCUGUACAAGGCCGGCUUCUUUAAACGCCAGUACAAAGAGAUGAUGGCAGAAGCAAGUGGACAAGCUGUCCCAGGAAAUGGGCCAUCGGACCCCCAAGGCGACCAAUGA